AUGAAUACCAUCAAGAGCAUCUUUUCCCAGCCACGCUAUCAGACGGUGGAUGCGGACGCCAACACCGCCAGUGAUUCGUCUGAGCCCGACGACAACCUUUUGCACAAGCGGCGCACGCAAGCUCCGCGCCGCGGCGUGCCAGCAAUCACGCUGGCUGUGCUUCUUGUAGUGUCCAACAUCGCCACCGGGAUCCUUGCCGUCCUCGUAACGAAAGGCGCCUUUUGCGGAUGGCACGAAUCCUCCCUGAACAGCGACUUGAAGCGCGCCAACGCCUACUCCCCCAUCUACGACCAGCUGGACCUCAACGUCAGCCUGACCACCCUCAACGGCGCCUUGCGGGACAACUCGUCCAUCUGGCGGCAGCCCCCGUCCCCCGCCGUCGACGCCGCCUGGGACCGCAUAUCCACCGAGGGCCUGGAGCUCGUCACCGUCACGGCGGCCGACGUGGCCAAGUCGGGCAAGGACCCGUCGGCGACGCUGCGGGCCCCGCUGUCCUGGGGCCGCGGCGAGGGCGCCUACCUCGCGCAGAUCGAGGUGUUCCACCAGAUCCACUGCCUGAACGAGCUGCGCAAGGAGAUGCACCGCGGGUACUACUACGGCGGGAAGGGGGACGGCGGGGACGAGCUGCGCCGGGCGCACAAGUCGCACUGCGUGCACAUGCUGCUGCAGGCGCUGGCGUGCCGGGCCGACGUGGGCAUCGUCACGCACAACUGGGUGCGCAACGAGGGCAUCGCGGAGCCCAAGACGCGGCUGAUGCCGGACUUUAGCACGGUCAAGAAGUGCGUCGACUUUGAGGGGCUGCUGGGGUGGGCGAGGGGGGCGGCCGUCGAGGAUCUGCGGAGCAGGUGGGCGGACCUGCGGUGGACGCCGGGCGAGACGAUUGUGCCGGGGCAGGGGUACGCGUGA